GGAAAUACAAAUCGGUUGGGGUUACCCCGUAAAUGCUCACCGCCAAGUAACCACUCUCCUCUUUAUUUUCCGCAAAAGUUGGCCACCCCAACCACCAUCUCUGCCCGCCCAUUUCCCCCACUUUCCUUCCCCGCCCGCAAGAACCUCUCCUUUCUCAACUGCUCCGUCUCCCCUUCUUCCUCAUGCAGUCCUCCGGCGACGAGCUGCCGCCGUCUCUGGCCCAAACCCUCGACCGAAUCAGCCUCCUCCUCUCCCAGCUUCUCCCCUCUUCGCUCUCCGUCAAGUCUUUCACCUCCCGCUGGCAAGUUCUCCGGUCAAAGCUUGCCGCGAUCAAGUCUCUUGUCUCUGAGAUUUCCAAUUCUCCGCACUGGUCGGAUAAUGCCCUCCUCCCGAUGCUUCUUCCCGAUCUCCAUUCCACUCUCGUCCGGGUACGAACUCUCUGUUUACAGUGCUCCGACCCUUCGUUUGUCCCCGGAAAGCUUCUGAUGCAGUCGGACCUCGACAUGGCCGCCGGUUGGUUAUCCAGGCAGAUUAACCAGCUCGAUGUCCUCUGCCGCUCCGGCGUCCUCCACCAGUCCACCGCAAUCGUCCUUUCCCACCCCUCCUCCGCCUCGACGCGGGAGGACUUAGUCCUGUUCAUCCGGGACAUCUUCACUCGCAUCCAGAUCGGCGGCGUCGAGUUCCAGAGGAAGGCAUUGGAGUCGCUCUCGGACCUCGACAUGGCCGCCGGUUGGUUAUCCAGGCAGAUUAACCAGCUCGAUGUCCUCUGCCGCUCCGGCGUCCUCCACCAGUCCACCGCAAUCGUCCUUUCCCACCCCUCCUCCGCCUCGACGCGGGAGGACUUAGUCCUGUUCAUCCGGGACAUCUUCACUCGCAUCCAGAUCGGCGGCGUCGAGUUCCAGAGGAAGGCAUUGGAGUCGCUCGUCCAGCUUCUCACCGAGGAGGACAAGUCUGCGCCGCUGGUGGCCAAAGAGGGACACAUCGCGUGUUUAAUUAAUCUUCUGGACCUCAACGCCGAUCUCGCCACCCGCGAGCUGGCUGUCAUCGCCGUCGCGGCGCUGGUUUCCGCCAGCUAUCUGGCGAGUAAGUGCGUGUUUGAAGAGGGCGGGCUGGGGGCGCUACUAAAGGUGAUCGAGUCUGGUUCGAUCGCCGUGAAAGAGAAGGCCGCCAUGGCUGUGGAAUGCAUCACGAGUGAUCCCGAAAACGCCUGGGCGAUCUCUGCAUACGGCGGCGUCCCUGUCCUGGUCGAUCUCUGUAAAUCCGGAUCAAUUUCGGCCCAAAUCCAUGGAGUCGGGUCAAUUCGGAACGUAUCAAUCAACGAAGACGUUCGGAUCGCAUUAGCAGAAGAAGGUGCGAUUCCCGUUUUGCUUCAAUUACUGCUCUCCUGCAAUUCCUCCGCCGAAGAAAAGGCGGCGAACUGUCUGGCGAUCAUGGCUUCUUCCGGGAAAUACCACCGCGAUUUGUUACUAAAGGAAAAUGCGCUACAGAGAUUGCUUCAAUUUCUGCUCCACGAAUCUUCCAGCUCGAAUUCAUCGCACCAUAUUUUGCAGGCGAUUCAAUCACUCUCCGCUUACGAUUCAGCAUCAAAACAAUAUCUCUCUUCCUCCUCCGCUUUCAUUACCAAACUAGCAGAGCUUUUGAUGCACGGAAACACCAUGACGCAGUACACCUGUGCUUCAUUGCUCUCCGAUUUGGAGAUCAGAGAGAGCGACAAGAGGGCGAUUUCCGGGUGUAUGGGAAAACUGGUGAAAUUAAUGGCGUCGGCGAAGCCGGAUGGGAUGCAGGAGGCGGCCGGAAAUGCAUUGCUUUCCCUGUUGACUGUGAAGUCCAACCGGAGGGGUUUCGUGAGGGAUGAGAAGAAUUUGAUGAAGCUCUCGCAGAUGUUGGAUCCGAAGAACGAUUCGGUCUCGAAGAAGUUCCCGGUGGCGGUGGUGAGGGCAAUCAUGGCAGGAUGGUGGAGUAAGGGCUGCCGUCGGCUGCUUGUGGCCGCCGGAGUUAAUGUCCAUUUGCAGAGUCUCUCCCAGAUGCAGGUUGUUGGGGCCAAAAAGGCAUUACAGAAACUCUCGGGGAGCCGGUUUAAAAACUUAUUUACCUGCGCUUGGAAGCACGAAUGAUAGAGAUUAAUUAAUAAAUGGAGCCUAACUCAAGGAAGGUAAUUACCUCCUCUAUACCAUUCUUCUCUUUUAUUUUCACUUAUUUACUCAUGAUUUUCCCAAAUAAAGUUCCCUUUUCUUUUUUUAGAUUUGUGGCUUUUUUUUCUAACAUAUUCCUAUUCAGUACUUUGUAAAUAUGAAUAGAUAUUAUAUUGUAAUAAAAUUAGUAGUGCUAA